AAAAAAUACCAAAAUAUGCUUAUCGUGUGCAUCGAUAUAUAUCGAUACUAGCUGAAGUUAACCGUUGCUUUUUGACUACGUUGACUACGCAUUGCGCGUAGUUUGGAAUUAGGAAAUUUAUAAGAAAAAACUGAAAGUCCGUGCCGGCUAAGGGGCAGCAAUGGUGGGGGCAAAAAAACGAGCAGGCGGGCAGCUUGCGGGCUCAGUUCAAGCAAAAGCGCCAAAGAAAAGUACAGUUGACGAAAAUCAGAAGAGUCAAAUCCCCAUCGCAAAAGUGGCAGAGGCUAUAAAAUUCAAAAUUCCGGGAAAUCCUUCGCCACACGUAAAGGUUGCUAAAAUCGUAGCGCCAAACAGACACCAACGCUCUGAGCCUCCAAAAAAUAAAACGUCAAAUAGGGCUUCGAAACCUUCGCCCCCCUCCUCCGAGGAGAAACCCAAAGGCAACCCGGGAAAAACUACGCCCCCCGUCUCCGUGGAGAAACAUAAAGGGAAACCGGAAAAAACUGCGCGCCCCUUCUCCGUGGAGGCACCGAAAAAGAAGAUGAAAAAAUCGGCCAAAAGCCCGGAAAAGUUGUGGAAAGAUAUUCAGAAUUUGGCGCCCGGUACCGGAAUAAUACUAGAUAGCUUCAUGAAGGAACACAACGUUUCGCUCACAAAUCUUAAAAAGAACGACUUGGUCAUUGCUAAAAAUAUGCGAGCCCAUGCGAUGGAAUCUUUAAAGAAAAAAUCCGAAAAUAUAAACCUAAAGAAAAUGUUGGGCAAAGCGGAGCAGGAUUUGACCUAUUUGAAGAGGGAACUUGUCGAGCAGCAAGAAAAGAAUGCAGAGAACAUUAAUAAGUAUACAAAAGUCCACAAAGAGUAUAUUUGUUGCGAGAAAAACUACGAGAAUGAACUGAAGAUCAUAAAAGCGUGUGUGGAGAAGCAAAAUGCCGACCUUAAAGCCUCUCAAACUCGAGUUGCUGCACAGGAUAGCGAGCUGAAGAAUUUACAGCGAACCAAUCGCGAACUGGCUGCCGUCGUCAGCAAAAAUCAGAUUGAACUGGAACAUGCACAAGUGGCUAACACUGAGAUGGUGGAGUACAAUAAUGAAGUCACAAAGGAGUUCGAAGGCCUUAAGCUAAAAUGUGAAGCUAUGACAGAACAAAUAGAACUUUGCGAGGCAACGAUUUCACAGCUGGCGACCGAGAUCAAUGAAAAGAAUGUGAUCUGCGUCGAAUUUGAAGAGCGCAUUCGACAGCUCCCAAUAGAAAACAAUAAGGUUUUAUCAAAACUCCAAAAUGAUUUAGAAAUCAGCAAAAUAAGCUGCCUGGAGCACCAACGGUUGACUGAUCAAGCCACAAAAGAGCUUGAACGAGCCCGAAAUGAGAUAAACACUUUCAAAACCCUUUUGGAGGAAAGGGAUAGAAGCAUUGCCACUCUCCAUGACGAACUUAAAGAAAUGAAGGCAAAACUGUGCGAGCAGGUUGAUAUCAACGAAAAUUAUGAUCAAGAAUUAUUUGAAACUAAGUUAAAACACUCACAAGAACUAGAUAAACAAGCGAGUGCUCACGAGAUCGCUCUUUCGGAGCUGAAAGGCUUAUUGGACAAGGGGACACUUGAUUUCACGCAGUUGAAAAACAAUUUUAAAGAAGUACAAAAAGAAAAUCUUCUUAAGGUCUCCGAGCUUCAAGGAAAGCUUAAUGAAAUGGAGUUGCAGCGUACGAAGCAUGAGGAGAUGAUCAAAAGUCUUUCCAAUGAGCUUCAAAUGAAAACUAGUAGCUAUGAGGACGAACUGAAAGAACAGCACCAGCAGCUAACUAAUCAAAUCGAGGUUAUGACAUCUCAAUUUAAGGUAGAAAGUAUCCGCAAUGCAGAUGAAAUUCAAACACUCAAAGCUGCGCUCGUUCAAAAUGAUUUAUUGCUGAAAGCUGAGCAAAAGAACUUGCAAAGAUUGUUAGCUGAUCAUGACAACCUUGGUAUUUUAUUUGCCAAGCUAAAGGAUGAAAAGGAGAAAGUCACCAAUGAAUUAUCGGCAGCUAAGUUAAAAUUCACCCAAGAGCUGAAGUCCCAGGAGGAUAACCUAAAGGAAAAGGUAUCCGAAAUGCAGAUGGAAAUAAAUAACAAAGAAACCGAAAUGUUUGAAUUGGAACGCCAGAAAAACAGUGAAAUGGCCGUACUUCAAUUCAAAAUGAAUCGAAUCAACAGCGUAAUCGACCAACCAGUCCACAAUGUGUCUACAUCAUUACCGAGUUCUAAACUCCAAGACUCCAAAACGGUGCAACCGAAAAAGGCGCACCGUUUGCUGAGCUUUUCAAAAAAAUUAAGUGCUGGUCAACCACGGACUACUACCGUACACUCUGCAGACGAGGAUGGGCAGCCUUUUGCUAGCGCCAAUUUAACUGGCAAAACAGCUCACAAUUUGUCUCCAUUAUUAUCGGAUUCUAAACUGCAGGAUUCCCCAAAAACACCCAAAACACAAAGCACACAAAAAAGGGUACAACCUGAUGUUUCCGAUUACUUGACGAGCUCUACAAAAUAUCGUUAUGGUCGCCAUCAACGGAUUAACAGAAUACAUUUGUCGUCUGACUUUGAAAGCGAGGAUGAGCUGCCUGUUCUAAGCUACAAACAACAAAAGCUGUCUGCUGUGGUAAAACCGCAACAAGAAGAUUUGUUCGACACUUUGAAGGAAUCGAAAUAAUUAAGCAAAUUACUAAGUUCUGAAAUCUAAUUUCAUUUUGUUUUCUAUCCAUUUAAAUAAGACAUGAAAAUAAGAAUACUGAGUUAGGAACAUAAUUCAGUUCUUUCUUUAUCAUAUAUAAACUACAUGAAUUCUUUAAAU